AUGAGCUUCAGGGCCAAGGCCAAGAUGAGUGGAAUCCCAAUCUUGUGCCUCCUGCUGUCCAUCUCCAACUGCCUUGCUUACUAUGAGGACCUUGCCAAGUGUUUCCAGGACCCUGAAUAUGAGACCUUCCUUACCAUAGCCCAGAAUGGGCUCCACAUCUCCCCACUGUCCAAGCGUGUGGUGGUCGUGGGAGCUGGCAUGGCGGGCUUGACGGCAGCCAAGACCCUACAGGAUGCUGGUCACCAGGUAACCAUCUUGGAGGCCAGUGACCACAUUGGGGGUCGGGUGGUCACAUUCAGGAAUGAGGAGGAGGGCUGGUACUGUGAACUGGGGCCAAUGCGAAUCCCCAAAUCCCACAGGCUGGCCCACACCUAUGUCAAGAAGCUGGGCUUGAAGCUCAAUAAGUUUAUCCAACAUGACAACAACACCUGGUACCUUGUCAAUGGACGACACUACCGUGCCUGGGAAGUCAAGGCCAACCCAGAGCUCUUGGGCUACCUUGUGAACCCCGCAGAGAAGGGCAAGAGCGCAGAGUAUCUUUUCCACGGGUCCAUCGCCAAGCUUAAGCAAAGUAUGAAGACGUUCAACUGCAGCCACCUGCUGUCCCUUUAUGAUUCUUACUCCACCAAGGCUUACCUGCUGAAGGAAGGGAGGCUGAGCAGAGGAGCAAUAAAGAUGAUCGGGGACGUGAUGAAUGAGAACGCUGGGUACUACAAGUCCCUCCUGGAGUCCCUGAGGACUGUUAGCAUCUUCUCCAAACCCGACGACUUCUCUGAGAUCACCGGUGGCUUUGACCAGCUCCCCAAAGCCCUCAGCGACCUCCUGAAGCCUGGCACCAUCCAGUUGAGCUCCAAGGUGGAGACGGUGGUGAGGGAUGGGCCUGAGGUCCAGGUUUUGUACCGCUCAGGUGGACCCACCUCAGAGCUACUCAACCUCACGGCUGAUUACGUCAUCAUCUCUGCCUCGGCCAAGGCCACUCGCCUCAUCACCUUUCAGCCACCCCUGUCCCCAGAAAAGACACACGCCCUGCGCUCCGUGCAUUAUACCAGUGCCACCAAGGUGGUUUUGACCUGCAAUGAGCCCUUCUGGGAACGGGAUGGCAUCCGGGGUGGCGUCUCAGUCACCGACAGGCCCUCACGCUACAUCCACUACCCCAGCCACAGCUUUCCAAACGGCAAGAGUGCUCUCCUGGCCUCCUACACUGUGGACGACGAUUCCCUCUUCCUCACCUCCAUGAGGCCCAACCAGGUCGUGGAUAUCGUGCUGGAUGACGUGGCCGCAGUGCACCGCAUACCCAAGGAGGAGCUACGGCGCAUGUGCCCAUCCUCAAAGGUCAAGCACUGGUCUUUGGACCCCCUCACCAUUGGUGCCUUUGCUGAGUUCACACCCUAUCAAUUUACAGACUAUUCGAAGCAGCUCUUCCAGCCAGAGGGCUGCAUCCAUUUUGCUGGGGAACACACCUGCCUGCCCCAUGCCUGGAUUGACACCGCCAUCAAGUCUGGUAUUCGGGCUGCCAGGAACAUCCAGGCUGCUGUGGACAAGCAGGCCACAGGGGCACAGAAACCUCUCCAGAAGUUCUUCAUCAACUCUCAGGAUGGUUUCUCCUCCAGGAGUAAUAACCCCUGA